CUCUCUCAGUAUGGAAUAGCUCGGCUCGUGUCUCACUCGUCUCUGUUUCUCUCUGUGUGUGUGGACAUUACUGACUGACUGGGACUCAGCUGGUGGAACUGAAACUCUUGUCAGAGGAGACAGACUUCAGCGGAUUCACGAUUCAGGGCAAGCCCUAGGGAAGAGUGUGAAGGUCAAAGGUCAUGGGAAGGUUACCAGGGUCGGAGGUUCCUCUCCUCCUCCUCCUCUUCGUCUCUAUCGUCUCUUCUCUCUCUCCACCGCAGCCCAGAGUCUUCCUCCCCUUUCAAGAGCUGCAGACGAGUCACUCCUUUGAGUUCUACACUCUGUCCGAGAAGCAGAUGGACUACAGGAUCCUGUACGUGGACGAGGAUCAGGACCGUAUGUAUGUGGGCUGUAAAGAUCAUCUGCUCUCCAUGGACAUCAACAACAUCACUCAGGGAACACUGAAGGUUCAUUGGCCUGCAUCCAACACUAAGAUUGAAGAAUGUCAGAUGGCUGGAAAAGAUCCAACUCAUGGUUGUGGAAACUUCCUGCGAGUGAUUCAGCCCUUUAACAGAACUCAUCUGUUUAUCUGCGGCAGUGGAGCCUACAGUCCGGUGUGUGCCUACGUCAACCGUGGACGACGCCCUGAGGAGAAAGUGUUUUAUGUCUCCUCAAAGUCAGAGUCAGGAAAAGGACGUUGUUCUUUCAACCCACAAGUCAACACUGUCUCCGUCAUGCUCAAUCAGGAGCUUUUCUCUGGUGUGUACAUUGACUUCAUGGGGACGGAUGCAGCGAUCUUUAGGAGUCUUACAAACAGAAACGCAGUCAGAACGGACCAGCACAACUCCAAAUGGCUCAGCGAGCCUGUGUUUAUUGAUGCUCACCUGAUCCCUGAAGGAUCUGAUCCAAACGACACCAAACUUUAUUUCUUUUUCCGUGAGAGACUAACAGACAACAGCGGCAACACCAGGAACAUCCACACCAUGGUGGCACGAGUCUGUCCUAAUGAUGUAGGUGGUCAGCGUAGUUUAGUGAACAAGUGGACGACAUUUUUGAAGGCCCGCAUGGUGUGUUCUGUUGUGGAAGAGGACGGCACUGAAACACACUUUGACGAGCUCGAGAGUGUGUUUCUGCUCGAGACUGAAAAUCCCAAAGGCCUGCUUAUAUACGGAUUGUUCACUUCCACCAGCUCAGUGUUUAAAGGCUCGGCUGUGUGUGUGUAUAACAUGGCCGACGUGCUGACGGUGUUUAACGGGCCGUUCGCUCACAGAGACGGACCAAAUUUUCAGUGGACGGCAUUUCAGGGAAGAAUGCCGUAUCCACGCCCUGGAACUUGUCCUGGAGGUGCCUUCACUCCCCACAUUCGGAGCACUAAAGAGUUUUCUGAUGAUGUGGUGACAUUCAUGAGGAAUCACCCGCUGAUGUUUAACUCGAUUUACCCGCUUGCCCGGAGACCGCUGCUGCUGCGCACACAUGCUGAUUACAGAUACACCGCCAUCGCCGUCGACCAGGUGCACGCUGCUGACGGCCUCUACCACGUCCUGUUCCUCGGCACAGACAGAGGCAUGGUGCAGAAGGUGGUGGUCUUACCCACUAAUCGCUCUCUGGAUGAGGAUCUGAUUCUGGAGGAGCUGGAAGUAUUUAAGAAACCAGCAGCAAUAACCAACCUGAGGAUCUCCUCUAAAAAGCAACAGCUGUACGUGAGUUCGGAGUACGGCGUAUCCCAGGUGUCCCUGCACCGUUGCCAUGCCUACGGAUCAGCGUGUGCAGACUGCUGUUUGGCCCGAGACCCGUACUGUGCCUGGGACGGGCGGAGCUGCUCUCCCUUCUACCCUACAGGAAAGAGGAGGAGCAGGAGGCAGGACAUCAUGCACGGAAAUCCACUCACUCAGUGUCGAGGCUUCAACCUGAAAGCUUACAGGAACGCAGUGGAAAUGUCUCAGUAUGGAGUAAGGUAUAACACCACGUUCCUCGAAUGUUCUCCCAAAUCACCACAAGCCUCUAUGCAGUGGCUCAUUCAGAGAGAAAAUGACCGCAGGAAAGAGGUGAAGAUGAGCGAGCGUGUCGUAGCGACAGAACACGGUCUCCUGAUCCGCUCGGUGCAGCUCUCUGAUCAGGGUCUGUAUUACUGUGUAGCCACUGAGAACGGCUUCAAGCGGACACUCGCCAAAAUCCGGCUCCAUGUGCUGAGUGAGGCGCUAUUGAGCGCGUUCAGUGACAAGCGUUCAUCGUCGUGGAAACCCAAAGCGCUGGCUUCUGCCCUGGGUCCGUCUGAGACACUGGCCAUGCAGCAGUACUGCAAAGAACGACAGCAGCUGCAGAGCUUCCAAACAAAACCACGAGGAGACCUGGGGAAACUCAAACCUCUGCUAGAGACCCGCAAGAGCCACAACCGUAGGAACCACCGACACGCUGAGUAGAAGACAGAGGUCCUGGGCCAACGAGGGUGGAGCUUAGGUCGAUUUUAAUCAGCCAAACACAAACUCACUGUUUUUAAGUAUUUUUACACUUCAUAUUUAUAACAAUUCAGCAACAUUAGCUGAAGAUACACAGCACCAUAAAUACAGCAUUUUGCUAAUCAGUAGCCACCUGAUGCUAAGACGCUAGCUAAAUCGAGCAAAAAUACGGGUUUUAAUUACAGCAUAUAAUAGUUUAGCAAUAUUCGCUAAGCUAGCCAGCUUUUUAAACACGUUGUCGAGAUAACUAUCUACAUACGUAGCAACAAUAUCAUUUGCAUACUAGAAGACACUUAUUUGCAUAUUCCACAUGAUUGGCUCUAGCGUUGGUACAAUAAUCUGUUCUUUAUGCUAGCUUAUUGUUGAGUACAAUGUUUUAUUCUUCCAAUAAAUUUAUUUGUCUAGUUUUUUACUUUAUGUUAAUGAGUACCUUAGCAUUAAGUAAACAAUUUCUGGCUGAUUUAUUGCCUGACCAAAAUUAAGAAAUUAGCUAAAGUUUGCUAGUUAUUAGAGAAGAUAUUUUAAAGCUAAUCAAAUCCAAGUUUGCUAGCAAUAAACUAUAUUAGGGAUAAUUUGUUAGCAGACUAUUGUAAUUUUAUUCUGCAAUUCAAGACCAAACUAGCAUGCUAGUUAAUGUUAAGUCAAUAAUCAAGUUUGGUAGGAUGUUCGCUAGUCAUUUGUUGGUUAAUUAUUACAUUUUGUAAUUAAAACCUCGAUAGUCGACAAGUUAACAUGAUGCUAACUGUAAUUAUGUUAUUCAGAUGAGAAGCUAGUUUGGUUAGCAAUCUAGUUAAACUGUCGUGUUUAGUAGCCUAGCUAGUGCACGUGACGUAACCAUGGUGACAUCAAUCACAGGAUGAACUACGUGAACGAACUUGAGCUUCGUCCUCGUGGAGCUUCAGAAGUGAAAAUCGAGGACUGAAGGGAAACGUGUUUUCCAAAUAAAACCUAACGGAGGAGAGACGGACAAAUGGACAGACAGACGAGUGGAAUGCAGAGGACGAGCAGAAACCUUUAGAGGAGAUUUUAUGACUUGUGUGUUUUUCAAAAAAGAAAAAAAAAUUGAAGGAAAAAAUGCAGAACUAUAAACUUCUUCACUGAUACAGACCUGAUGUGCUUCACUGCAGGGUCUCUGUACAGGAGAUUUAAACCUGCAUGAUGUUCCACUGACCAGAUAACUGUGAGACACACACACACACACACACUCACACACAGGCACACACGCACACACACACACACACAGACACACUCACACACACAACCACUCAGACACACACACUCACACUCACACACACUCACACACACAACCACUCAGACACACACACACACACACACACUCACACACACACAUUUUCAUUGUAAAUAAACAAACAUAAGUCACGUUUAUUAAAACUCUGAGUAAAAAGUUAAACCCACUUCAGUGUCUGACAGUAAAACGAGUUACAGUCAAAUGUAGAAUUUUAUAGUCACAAAAAUUAGCUUAAAUAGUUUUUCACAUACACAAACACACACACACCAACAAAAUAUAACAACCAUAUAUAAAUAUACAACUUGUUACACUAGAGUUAAAAGGGUAGCAUUUUAACCUGAUUGGUUUUCAUAUUCUGUAGCACAGUAACGCCUUCAUUUGCAUACUAGAAUCUGAUUGGUUCCUAUAUUUCGUGACAUGUAAGCACAAUCAUUUGCAUUCUGAUAAAGAAACCCUCAUAUUUGCAUACUACAAAGUGAUUCAAUUAUUUGCAUACUUGCAUACGCAAACCUGAUUGGCUCAUUUGCAUAUUACAACCUGAUUUGUUCUUGUAUUUUGUGACAUGGCGCCUGAUCAUUUUUAACACUAUCAUGUAUAAUCAUUUGCACCUUUCACCCAAAUUGUGAUAAAGUAACCCUCACAUUUGCAUAUUAGCUACCUGAUUGGUUCUCAUAUUAUGUGCCACUGUAACUGGCUCAAUUACCAGAACCUGAUUGAUUUUUUUCCCCAAACUUUUGUCAGAGUUUAAUCUUCCAUCUCUCAUACACUGAAGAGUGAAGGCUAACAGAAGUUUCCUCUGAUUUACACUCGCAAAAUGAUGGCUAAUGUGCGAUGAUCACAAUAACACACACACACACACACACAAACAGGAGCUAGCGUUAGCAGAGUGGAACGAACCACUCGCUGCUUGUAAACGUGUGAAAUGGAAAUUCCACGCCGAUGAUUUAAGAGUUUAUGGAUCUGAGAUAAAAAUGUUCUGGAGAGACCAACAUACAUCCAGCUGUGGAACAGAUGUUAGGAAAAAAACAGAGAGCGAUCAAUGAGGCAAAUAUUAUUUUACUUGCCUUAUAUUUUAUCAGGAGGAGGGGGAGGGGCUGAGGUGCUCCAGCUAAGCGAACACGCUCACAUGUUUUAGCAUCAACAAUUUAGUGUAAUAAAAUAAAACAAUAUUAGUAUGUUACAGAAAUGCUCCCUAAUUAUGCAGCCUGCUCCCCCAUGCCACUCAUUAGGACUUGCCCAUGCUAACAAUACAACACAUGCUAACCUCCACCAGCCAAUCACAAAGCACGUCGCCACCACAGAACUUGCUAACAAACUACAGCUAGAGCAAUGACGUUAAUGUCAGCUAGUCUAAACAAAGAGCUGGCUAGCAUAGCUAAUGUUAGCUAGAAAAAAUUUAUGUUGCUAAGUAAUAUCAGAAUGUACGCUAAUCACAGUAAAAUCAAUGCUAGCAGUGAUGUCAUAUAAUCAUUGGCUGAUUAAGAUAUUUAAGCUCCGCCCCUGCUUCACACAUGCUGUUAUUCCAAAAGGUGUGUGUAUGUGUGUGUGUGUGUGUGUGUGUGUGUGUGUGUGUGUGUGUGUGUGUGUGUGUGUGUGUGUGUGUGUGUGUCCUUUAUAGUUGACAGUGUCAGUGAGGUGUACAGAUUUAUUUAAAGCGCUGUUGUUGUUGUUGUUGUUGUUGUUUUGUAAACUGUUGUUGUUGUUUUGUAAACUGAACAUGCGCAUGGUGUUAAAUACGUCACUUUCGUUCGAACUCAGCCGGACUCAGGAGACGGGUUUAAUGUGACAGUUUUUGAAAAUCGAUACCUUCUAUUUUCAAUACGAUUGAUGAAUUUAGAUUAAAAUUUUAAUUUGAUUUCAAUUUUUUUUAUUUUAUGAAAGGAAUUCAAUUGACAUCCUGACUGAUCUGUUCAGUACAACAUCUGCUGCUGUGAGCUUCUGUCUCUGUCUGAACACCGAGAGAUUUUACACUCAUUAUUAUUAUUAUUGUUCUUUUCAGUUUGUUGUAUUUGUUUAUUAUCCAACCAGACAGUAUUAUAGGUCAAAGGUCAAGUAGACUGACAGAUGGAUGCUUUAACAGACAGCCAAAAAGAUAAACUAUAGAUAGAUAGAUAGAUAGAUAGAUAGAUAGAUAGAUAGACGGACGAAUGGACAGACAGAUAGAUAGAUAGGUUAGCAGACAGACAGAAAGUCAGAUAAACAGGAAGACAAAAAAAAGACAAAGCCAGAUAGACAGAAAGUUAGGUAAAUAGAUUGAUAAACAGAUUUAGAGAGCGCUAGAGGAACAGAAAGAGAGAUGGAGAUGCAGACAGACACACAGGUACACAAUACAGAGUAUUGGCUAAAGACAGACAGACAGACAGACGGAUAGACAGAUAGAUGCAGAGAUAGAUAGAUAGAUAGAUAGAUAGAUAGAUAGAUAGAUAGAUAGAUAGAUAGAUAGACAGAUAGAUAGAUAGAUAGAUAGAUAGAUAGAUAGAUAGAUAGAUAGAUAGAUAGAUAGAAAUAAACAGAAAGAGAGAUGGUCAUACAGACACAUUAUCAGACAGACAGAUUGACUCAGGGAAAGACAGACAGACAAGCAAACCCACAGACAGACAGACAGACAGAUAGAGAGGUGGACACAGACAGACAGAUGGACGGACAGGCAGACAUACUAACAGACCCACAGACAGACAGACAGACAGACAGACAGACAGACAGACAGACAGGUGGAUGUAAUACUAUAAUAUAUUGAUCAGUGUUUAGAUGAAGCUGUUGGUCACAUGACCAGUAAUGUUUAGGUUUGCAGAUAAAAGCAGGAGGUCAUGUGACCCCACAUGGAGAAGGUGGUUAAAGUGAGCUGAAAGGGUUAAACUGCUGUCCUGAGCCCAGUCCAACUCACUUACAGCCUUCUCUCUCUCUCUCUCUCUCUCUCUCUCUCUCUCUCUGUCUCUCUCACCGUCUCACCAUCUCUCUCUGUCGCUCUCUCACCGUCUCUCUCUCUCUGUCUCUCUCUCACCAUCUCUCUCUGUCGCUCUCUCUCACUGUCUCUCUGUCUCUCUCUCUCACUCUCUCUAUCUUUCACCGUCUCUCUCUGUCUCUCUCUGUCUCUCUCUGUCUGUCUCUCUAUUUCUGUCUCACUGUCUUUCUCUCUCACUCUCACUGUCUCUCUCUCUAUGUCUCUCUCUCUCUUUCUCUUUCUCUAACUCUCUCUCUGUUUCUCUCUCUAUCUCUCUCUCUCUCUCAUUUUCUUUCUCUCUCUCUCUCUCUGACACAAUCUGCGAUUCUGCAGAGGAUUCUUUGUUACACCUCAAUAAAUUAAUUAAUUAAUAUUUCUGUUGAUGAAAAGUGCUUUGAUUGUCCAGGUUUUCUUUCUUAUUCCAGCGAUGUCACAAAUGUUGUGUAUUUCUAUUUAUUAAUGUUAUCAGCUUGAGUAUUUACAUUAAACAGUCAGUACAACGA